AUGCUUGUAGCAUCCUGCGCAUUAUAUGUCAUGCCGGGGCACUUGCUGGGAUUGCGAUACGGAGUGCGAGUCCCUGUUGCACCUCAUUUGGUCCCACCUCAUGGGUCAUUCUCGCCACCUGCGCAGGGUCUAACUGUGCCCCAAUACGCCUCCGAAAUAGUGCGCAAGUACAUGCGCCAUGAGUUUGCAGGGAAUGAUCAGAAAAACUUAGAGAUCGCGUCCGAGGAGGUGUUUGGUGAGCUGGGGUGGGGGGCAGUUGGUGGGGUAUCCAGGUCAAGGUUCACGAGCCUGCAGGCUUGUGUGAUGCGCUCUUGGGCCAAGCCUCAUCCAUGCCUUUAUCAAACAGUGCUGAUGCAGAAGCUGGUUGUGGCGACCGGCAACAAGUCGGAAGACUCAAAGGCACCCUUCAAGGCCAUUCGUAAUGCCAUCGACCAGACCUACUUCAAUGGGGAUGGUGGCUCCAGCGUGGACGAGCUCUUUGCCCUCUACACCCAGCUGGAGCGCAUUUGCUGGGAUAGGCUGCGACAGGGCCAGGACCCUCAGGGCCCCAGCGCGGUCCUGCAGAUCCUGCGGUACCGGCUCAUUCGCCUGGUCACGGGCGACACCUGGGAGAAGCAGGCCGAGCUGCGCCUGGGAGUCCUCCGGCUCAUCCACGGCUUUGCGGAGGCACACGCCCAGGCCGUGGUGCAUGGGGCCCCCGUGGGGAACCCAACGGCGUCGGCCCAGGGCGCCAUGAAGGGGCUGGCCCGCUCCCUGUCCUACGGCUCCAGGCGCUCGGGGGGGCUGCAUGGGGCCGAGUUCUGGGCAGAGGCUCUGGAGGAGAUCUACAAGGCGCCUGGGGCCAAGCUGCCAGCCCUGCUGCGACUGGUGCUGACGCACGACGCGCGCACGCCUGCUGUGGCCCCCAAUGCCGGCGCUGCCGGUGCGGGGAGGGCAACCUCGCUCGCUUCGACCUCCCCGACCUCCCCACCCCGACCCCUGACCUCACACGUCUCGGUCCAAGCAGCGCCCUCUCAGCCGACUCGGGACGACCUGCCCCCCAUCUACAACCUGGUCCCAGGGUCCUGGUCCCCAGACUUCUCACAGAUGGCUGGCAGCCCGGACGCAGCCCCUGUGCCAAGCUCAAACGGGCACGGCGGUGCGCCAGCCCCGGCGGACGACGUGUUCUCCAGCUUCCAGGGGUCGGGCGAGCUGCGCCGGUCCGUGAGUGGAAAGGAGGACCGGCCCUGGUACCUGCAGCACGUGCCGGCCGGCGUGCCACUGCGCAGCCCGGCGACCCCCACCCCACCCGUCUCGCCCCUGGGCCACCCCAGCUUCUCGGCGGAGGCCUUCGCCGCGCCCCUCGCCUCGGCCGGCUCCCAGGAGGGCCAGAAGUGGGUGUCGCCCACCCAGGCGACCUUCCAGGAUCUCGUGCAAACGUCACUGGGCGAUGCCCUCAGGCCUGCCCCGCCCCCACCCGUGUCCCAGACCGGCGGCGCCGGUCCUGCCUGA